CUGUUCUUUUUAGGACCUUCGGGUAUCGAUCCAUACAACAACCUCAACUAUCCCUCAUCUAGUUCAUACAACAACCUCAACUAUCCCUCAUCUACUUCAUACAACAACAUCAACUAUCCCCCGUCCACUACACUCUCUUCAUCGGCUGGCCUAAACUUCCCACGUAGCCGUUUUGGAUCAAUGACAAUGGGCAAUUACCCGUAUGGAGGUGGCAUGUAUGGACCCGAUUCGAUGAGCGCAAACAUUGCUAAUUUACUGAACGACAAAGACAAUUUCCAGGUAAACGGAUGUGGAUUUGAUGCGACACGAAAUAGAUGUUUCGAUAGUUUGAAUCUUUGUAAAGGUGGAUGCAGGGACUUUGGCGUUGGUGUCGCACAUGAUUGCAGAUGCAUACCGUACGCUAUUCUUGCACUGUUGGGAUAUAAAUCCUAA